UUGUUGAUUGUUGAUAACGUGCUAGUUCGUCAUGGGUCGUUGGUGAAGGAAGGGUGUCCCAGGGGCCAGUGACGAGUAUUUAUUUCUCAUAAUCGUAUCUGAAAAUUUGUCGUUCGUUUUCACGCGAGGAGUCCGACACCUGCUACAAUUAAGAAGACCAUAUUUAUGGUAAUUAUCAUUAAUACGUUAUUCAACUAAUUUGUCAGUGGUAUUAUUUAGAAGUGUUCGGUUUUGAAGUUUAAUUAAAAACAUCAGUUACGUCAUCGACCAAUUAAAUUGAAAUCUUACUGUCGAAACGCAUGUUUCACCAAAGUCGGAUUUUUAAUGCACUUUAGUAUCCAUCUGUUGUGGGGGUGUCUCAGCUAGAUGGUUUGAAAUAUUUUGCGCUCCAUUUAAUGAAAGUACAGAGUACUUGGACAAAUACUGUUAAAUGGAAGGUGAUCAAUUAGAUUUUGAAGACCCGUCUACAUCGUGCCUUGAAAAGACUGAUUUUACCAACCAAAGUCCGACCAUGUGUCCAGUGGUAUUGGAGACAGCAGAACAAGAAUUAAUAGCAGAAGAGUCUGCACCAACCACAGAUUCAGAUGAAAUCGGAGUAGCUAACAUUGAAAUGAAAAAUGUAUUUAAUCUUCAUUUAGUUGAUAGUACUUGUACAGAACAGGAUAUUUACUCUGAUGAGAGUCCUUUACCCGGUGAUUGGGUUAAUGAUGAUUGGACGGAUAAUCCCAGUGAACAAGAAGAUGCUUCUAAUGCUAAUGGUGUUAUGCGAAAAAGAAAAAUAUCAAAUUCCACAUUAACGUCUGAAGAUUUUCCGUCCAAAAAACAAUAUUAUGAUCAAAACAAUUUGAAUCUUGAAAGACUGACGCCUAAAUUGGCUGAAAAUGAAUUAGAUAAAAUAGAUAAAAUAAAGAUUCGUCGAAGUUGUAUACCGUCCAAAGAUGAUCCCCCUGAAGAAAUGAUGGAAUGGCUAAAAACUUUUUCGAAAUGGUCAAACGCGGAAAGGAUGUUAGCUAUAGAUAUGUUGGUAGAUGAAUGUGAACCUACUCAAGUUCGUCAUAUGCUACAACUUAUUGAACCACAGUUUCAACGAGAUUUUAUUUCUCUACUUCCUAAAGAAUUGGCCUUAUAUGUUUUAUCAUAUUUGGAACCCAAAGACUUGUUAAAAGCAGCUCAAACAUGUCAUAGUUGGCGGUUUUUAUCUGAAGACAACUUACUUUGGCGUGAAAAGUGCCAAAACGCUAAUAUACCUUUGACGGAUCCAUAUACUAUUAAGUGUUCAAAAAAUCGCAGUGUUACCUCACCAUGGAAGUCUUCAUAUAUGAGACACCAUGCAAUUGAAAUGAAUUGGAGAAUAAAACCAAUAAGAAUGCCAAUAAUACUCAAGGGCCAUGAUGAUCACGUAAUCACAUGCUUACAAUUUUGUGGAAAUCAAGUUGUCAGUGGUUCUGAUGACAAUACACUUAAAGUUUGGUCAGUUCUAACUGGAAAAUGUUUGCGUACAUUGGUUGGGCAUACUGGAGGUGUAUGGUCAUCACAAAUGGCUGGUAAUGUUAUAAUUAGUGGUUCUACUGAUCGUACUCUCAAAGUAUGGAACGCAGAAACUGGCCAAUGUACACAUACAUUGUAUGGUCACACUUCAACAGUUCGUUGUAUGCAUUUACAUGAAAACAAAGUUGUAAGUGGUUCAAGGGAUGCAUCACUCAGGUUGUGGGAUAUUAAAACUGGUCAGUGUUUGUCUAUAUUCCUUGGUCAUCAGGCUGCUGUUCGUUGUGUCCAAUAUGAUGGCCGAUUAAUAGUUAGUGGUGCUUAUGACUACCUAGUUAAAGUAUGGGAUGCAGAAAGUGAAAUUUGUUUACAUACAUUAUCUGGUCAUACUAAUCGUGUAUAUUCACUACAAUUUGAUAGUACUCAUGUUGUAAGUGGAUCUUUAGACACUAGUAUAAGAGUAUGGGAUGUAGAGACUGGUACGUGUAAGCACACUUUAAUGGGACAUCAAUCUUUAACCUCUGGCAUGGAAUUAAGAGAUAAUAUAUUAGUGUCUGGAAAUGCAGAUUCAACAGUCAAAGUAUGGGAUAUACUUACUGGUCAAUGCUUACAGACUUUAUCGGGUUCGAAUAAACAUAAUUCUGCAGUUACAUGUUUACAAUUCAACACUAGAUUUGUGGUAACUUCUUCCGAUGAUGGGACUGUUAAAUUAUGGGAUGUAAAAACAGGUGAAUUUAUUAGAAAUCUCAUAGCACUAGAAAGUGGUGGUAGUGGUGGUGUUGUAUGGCGAAUACGUGCUAAUGAAACAAAGUUAGUAUGUGCGGUAGGUAGCCGCAAUGGCACCGAAGAAACCAAAUUAUUUGUAUUGGAUUUUGACGCUGACUACAAGUAACAUCAAAUAACAAAUUUGGUAGUUUGCAUCACAUUUUUUUUUUGUGGUUUAAGGAGAGUUACGAAUAUUUGGGACUGUUUACUUAGGUUUAAAAAUGUCCCUUAUAUAUUAUCAGUUAUCACAUUUUACCGUUAUCAUAAUGUUUCAGUAUUAUGUUUUUUUUUAUUAUUAUUUAUAAAGGAGGGGAAUUAAAGUAGUUGGGUAACCAUCUGGAUGAUCUAGAAAGAUUUAUGGAGUGUUGUUUGUGAUUUAUAACGCAUUAAAAUGAAGUUAUAGAUUAAUUUACAUAUUAUUUUCUAGUCUUUGAAGCUAUAAUAAUCAUAAUUUGAUAUUCUUUGAGCCAAAUAAAUCGGUUGUUCUUUUUAUUAUUCCCAGUAUACUAUUUAAUAUAAUAUUUGAGAAAUAAUUGAAAUACAAAUUAUUGAAUAGUUUAAUAAUAUUUAGUGUAAAUUUAUAAUAAAACUUAACUAAAUAUUACUUAACUUGGAUAGGUCAUACAUUUGCAUAUUACAUAACUUCUACCAGAAAGUUGUUAUCUUAUAAAAUUGUUAGUUUUUAAGUUUAAUUCGUUCUUUUUUGUUAGGAAACAAAUGAAAAUGUAAACUUAUUACAAACUUGUAUGUCAGAAGCUUUAACUAGAAACAUUUCAAAAGUUCAAAGACUUAACUUUUAUUUCUUUGAAGAAGAUUCUAAAAUUUUGUUCUUUGAUUUUCCUUAUUUUGAUUUUUAUUAUUAUUAAUUAUUAUUAUUAUUAUUAUUAUUAUUAUAAAUUUUGUUAUUAAUAUAAAGUAUUGGUAUAUUUUUAACUUGCCAUAAGUGUUAAGUUGUGAGGAGGAGGAGAGUUUGAAUUCCAAGAUUUUGAUUUUCUUGAUAUAUUUUCUAUUUUCUUCUUCCUGAUCUCAAAGAAAAAACAAUAAAUUAAUCUAUUCUAUGUAUGUAACUCUUUUCUAUAAAUUUAUUUAUUUAUUUUUAUUAUUGUCGUGUAUAUUAUGUUCUUCAAAUUUUAAUUGUCCAGCUAUGAUAAAAGAGCUAUAAUAAUAGCUUCAUAUUUUUUAAUUUUUUUUUGGUAAAUUGUAUCACUAAAAUGUAUACAGAGUGAUUCACCAAGCAUGCUCACCCUCAUACCAUUAUUAGUAAAUUUCUAUGUAUAUAAAUAGAAAAAUUUAAAAUUGAUCUUUUUAUCAAAUUUUAUGACUUAAUUGAUUUAAAAAUAACUCAUUUAAAAUAGUUAGGUAAAUUGUUCUUAGAAAAAUAUUUUAUAGUUGCUUAACAAUUUUUUUUAAAAUUAUAGCUAACAAGAAAUUAAAGUAAACAAAUGUCUCCAACAAUAUUCUUAACAACAGUUCAAAAUGUAUUUCAGAAUAUCUUAAUACUAAAUUUACAGUUUAAAAUAUUAAUUUCAUGAAAUGAUACACAUGAUGUGUAAACAUAAAGCUGAUGUAUGAUAUGUGAUUAUAAUUUUACUGAAAUUACAUUUGACAAUUAACUCACUGUACCAAUUUUUAAUGGUAUCUAUACUCCAUUCAAAUUAAGAAUAUAACUUGGCAGCUAUCAGUUAAUGUUAGGUGAAUUAUGCCCAUGUGCACAAGUUAUCUUCUUAUCUUGAAUAGAGUAUAGUGGUUAAUAUUUGAUUUAUUAUCACUUUAAAUGUUUUCACAGUAUGUAAAAUACUAUUAAUUUUUGCUGAUUUUACUUAAUCAUCUAAAAAAUUCACUAUAGUCUUUUUAUUAUUGCUGGACAACUCUGAAUUAACAAUUUUAAAAUUAUUUUUUGUUUAUCAGUUAUAUUCAAAUAUAGUGGUUGAAUCUAUGAUUUAAAAUUUAAUAUUUGAUUUCGGAUAUUUGUAGGUAAAUAGUGUCUGAAUUGGUGAGUUUUAAUAUAUAGUAUCAAAACAAAAAACUUGUUUAUAAGAAUUGAAUAUAUAAUUUCAUUAAUAACAAGAUAUAGUAUGGAUACUAAAUAAUAGUUACCAAUUCAAUUGUUAAACUGAUUAAUACAAAUAGUUUUAUAUCUUCAUUGCUGUUUUUCUUAUAUUUGGUCACAGUAGUUUAAACCCAAAUAAAAAUACUUUUCUGAAGUAUUUACACUGCCGAAAUAGUAUAAAUAUUUAAAUUAUAAAGCCACAGAUCUUACAUAAUAGGGCAUUUUAAAAAUUUUAUGGAAACAAAAAUAUUUGUCUUCAAACAUAUUGUGUAAUUAUAAUUUUUUUUUGAUCUGUCAUUUUCAUUAUAAAACAAAUAACUGCUGAAUUAAUUUAAUUAUGACUAAUAUAAAAGUGGUUAAUGAAGAACUAUUGUUUCAGCCAUUUAAUUUGAUUAAAUUUAAACUUUUUAAAGAUCUCAAUUGAUUGUGAAUGUUUCCAAAAAUAAUGCAUACUAUUUAAAGAAUACUUUGAUAUUGUUCUUAGAAAAGAAAACGAGUGAUGUUAUUUUAUGUCAUCAGCUUACGUAAAAUUAAAUAUGAAUAAAGUAUAAUUAGGAAAUUUUUGUAUAUGGGAGAAGGGAACUUAAGGAAAUGAAGGGCGACUUAAGUGCAAUAAAAUUGUUUUCUUAAAUGAAUAUUUAAUAAUAUUGCUUUAAAUGUAAAUAUGUAUCUUUAUUUUAUAAUAAUUAUUAUUAAAAUAAUUUAAGGAUUAAGUUUGUUGAUUAUUAAUUAGACCAUUAAUUAUUUUCUAUUUGAAAAUAAUUAAGAACUUUUUAAUUAUAAUGCUCAAUGUUGAUAGAAUGUAAAUAUUACAUUAGUAAUAAUAUUAUUUAACUAUCAUGUCAUUGAUGAUUAUUUAAAAUGAACAAAAUUACCAUAUUUUGUUUUGUAAGUGCCAAAAACUAGACUAUUUUGUGGUUAAUUUGUGUAACUUUAUCCCAUGUAAUUAAUAAUUACAAUAGUAUUGUGUCCACCUAACAUAUUCGUAGUUGCCAAUUGCAAUUUUAUAAUUAAUUAUAAUUUUUUUUUUUUUUAUAAAAUGUUUUCACUUGUUUCCGUCUUGAUAUAUAAUUUCUAUAACAUUGAAAACUGAUAUUAGGUUCAACAAACUGUUGUUACCAGAUAUUCCCGUUAUUAGUAUUGUUCUAUUGACUAAUGCAUUACCAACAAAAUAGUAUCAGUUUAAUUCAAUUUAUUUGAUAUUUAUUAUUUUUGAAACUGACAAAUUAUAAAUGCGUAUUUAUUUUUUUAUUUUAUGUAUAUUAUAUUUGAUGAAUGAAUUAUUAAUUUUGUUGUUACGACUGCAUUAGGUACAUAAACAAUAAACAUAAUAGUUCAAAUACAUGUUAAACAUAGUAAAAUUAUUCUUAAGACCUGUGAUUUAUUAAUUGACUUCUUUCUUCUUUCGUUAUAUUGUAAUUUCAACCACAGAACUAUACUUUUUAGUUUUAUAUUUUGUUUGUGAAUAUAUUAUUAUUAAAUUUAAGUAACUUUAUACCAAUAGAUAUUUGUAAUGAAUAGUAAAUUAUUUUAAGUUACAGCUAAUGUUUAAGUAAUUCUGUUGUUAUUUAUUUUUCUCUUGUUUAUAGGCGUAUAUAAAAUUGUACGAUUUGCAUAUAAAAGUAAUAAAAAUGUUUAUAUGAAAAUAUAUAUAUAUAUAUAUA